AUGAAAAUCUUUGGUUCAGGGUCAGAUUUGGUUCAGGGUCAGAUUUGGUUCAGAAAAUUACAAUCAAGUUUUGCUGUAAAAGCUUUUGUAAUAAUCUUAUUUCUACUAGCCAGCUUUGCACCAGAUUUUACACAAGCUAGAGCUACCAAUGUUGGCUUGCAAGAAGCAGCUCCGCCGCCACCACCUCCAGGUCCGCCACCACCAGAAUUUACCCUACCUACUAACGUUGGCUGGCAAGAAGCAUCACCAUGGUUCUCUUCCACUGAUUACAAGGUCCGUUAUGGUAACAUACUAGCAGAGGAGAGAACAAGAAAUAGAAGAACAAGACCAACGACUCCGCCACCACCACGAGAGGGUGUUGCAAAUCAUCAAGUCUUGCCACCAACAACAUUUGUUCCUUCACCACCUCCACCUCCACCUCUACCUCCAACUUAUGCAUAG